GGUGGCGCAACUAACGCGACUGUUUCACAACAAGAAACCACCGGAGGAAGAAACGAAGCGGCGGUUUCCGCUUAAACUCAGAAGUGUGUGUGGGUUUACCUCAAGUUAUUAAUCAUGGACAUACGACCGAAUCACACCAUCUAUAUCAACAACGUGAACGAUAAGAUCAAGAAGGAAGAGCUGAAGAGGUCCCUGUACGCCUUAUUCUCCCAGUUCGGCCAGAUCCUGGACAUUGUCGCGCUGAAGACCACAAAGAUGAGGGGUCAGGCGUUUGUUAUCUUCAAAGAGCUUUCUGCGGCCACCAAUGCCCUCAGACAGCUCCAGGGAUUUCCUUUCUACAAUAAACCCAUGCGAAUCCAGUAUGCGAAAACGGACUCGGACCUGAUCUCAAAGAUGAGAGGCACGUAUGGAGAUAAAGAAAAGAAGAAAGAGAAGAAAAAGAAAGCUCUGGAACAGGCUGCCAGUGUCAACAAGAAACCAGCGGGAGCUAUAAACACACAACCUCCUCCGCCUGCCACAGUCCAGGUCCCUGACAACCCACCAAACUAUAUUCUGUUCCUGAAUAAUCUCCCAGAAGAAACCAAUGAGAUGAUGCUCUCCAUGUUAUUCAACCAGUUUCCAGGGUUUAAAGAAGUGCGCCUGGUCCCUGGAAAGCAUGACAUUGCGUUUGUGGAGUUUGAGAGCGAGGCUCAAGCCGGGGUUGCGAAGGACGCGCUGCAGGGGUUCAGAAUCACAGCCACGUGUGCCAUGAAAAUCACGUAUGCCAAAAAGUGACCCGGCUCGCGCUUACUGGACUGUAACUGAGGCUUUUCAGCGGACCCUCGCUUCUGAUUUGUGUUUUUGGCUUAACACUCAAACACACUUUCUUCUUUUUUUUUUUUUUUUUUUAACUUGUUUGUUCAGUGACUGUCGCUUAGUGUCGUUGUGUUUUUGUACAGGAAUUGUUUGGUCACUGAAGACCUCGUGAUAUUCCAGGACAGACGUUUAUUUUGUACUGUGGAUUAAUAAAAUUAGCAACUAAA